CACCAUCAUAACGCAAAUUGCACGAACUCACACCCGUCCAAGCAGUCCUUACCGCAUCGAUCAGACGAGGACCUUCUUCAGCUCGCACCCCCCUCAUUCCGCAAUCGCCAACCAUGGCGGGAAUUUUCGAGCAGUCGCGCAAUCAAGGCACCUUGUUUCUGGGAGGUCAGAAGAUUAGCGGCGCAGAUAUUCGCGACCAGAAUGUACUCGCUACACAAGCCAUUGCCAACAUCGUGAAGUCAUCAUUCGGGCCUAGCGGUCUGGAUAAGAUGAUGGUGGAUGACAUCGGCGAGGUGACAGUCACAAACGAUGGAGCCACGAUCCUCAGUCUGCUCAACGUCGAGCAUCCAGCUGGAAAGAUUCUUGUGGACCUCGCUCAGCAACAAGACAAGGAAGUCGGAGAUGGAACAACCAGUGUGGUGCUCAUCGCUGCGGAAUUACUACGAAGAGCAAACGAGCUGGUCAAGAUGCGCAUACACCCCACCACAAUCAUCACAGGCUACAGACUGGCGCUGCGCGAGGCUGUCCGAUAUAUGAACGAGAAUGUGAGCACAAAGGUGGAGACUCUGGGCCGGGAAAGCUUGGUCAACAUUGCAAAGACGAGCAUGUCUAGCAAAAUCAUCGGUGGUGACUCCGAGUUCUUCUCCAACAUGGUUGUGGACGCCAUCACCAGCGUCAAGACGACCAACGCGCGAGGAGAAGUCAAAUAUCCAGUCAAGGCGGUCAACGUACUCAAAGCUCACGGAAAGAGUGCAACCGAGUCUCAGCUCGUCAAGGGCUAUGCGCUCAACUGCACUGUGGCCUCGCAAGCGAUGAAGACGAGGAUCACGGAUGCGAAGAUUGCAGUCUUGGACAUGAACUUUCAGAAAGAGCGAAUGAAGCUUGGCGUGAAUGUGGUCAUCGACGACCCGGCACAAUUGGAGAAGAUUCGGGAACGAGAGUCGAGCAUGGUGAUUGAGCGGGUGGAGAUGAUCUUGAAGGCCGGCGCAAAUGUCAUCUUUACCACGAAGGGAAUCGAUGACAUGUGCUUGAAACACUUUGUGGAGAAGGGAGCGAUGGCUGUGCGUCGAUGCAAGAAAGAGGAUCUCAGACGGAUAGAGAAGGCUACUGGUGCGACCAUGAUCAGCACAUUGGCGGACAUCAACACCGGCGACGACUUCUUCGAUCCCAAGGCACUCGGCGAGGCGAAGGAAGUUGUGCAGGAGCGGAUAUCGGACGACGAGCUCAUCUUGGUCAAGGGACCCAAGGUGCAUACCGCGGCCUCUAUCAUCCUCCGUGGCGCCAACGAGUACUCCUUGGACGAGAUGGAGCGAUCGGUACACGACUCUCUUUCUGCCGUCAAGCGCACUUUGGAGUCUGGCCGCAUCGUUCCCGGUGGCGGAGCUGUUGAGACCGCGCUGCACAUCUACUUGGAGGAGUGGGCAACAAGUGUAGGCUCCCGUGAGCAGCUUGCCAUCGGUGCGUUCGCCGCAUCCCUGCUUGUCAUCCCCAACACACUCGCGGUCAACGCGGCCAAGGAUAGCUCGGAACUCGUUGCUCAGCUUCGCUCCCGCCAUGCAUUAUCGCAACGCACGUCGGAGCCAGCUUCAGCACACCCACCCACUCCUGCGAAGGGCACGCCUACUCCUGCUACUCGGCCAUCUACACAACAAGCGCUGGAUGCGGAUGCGAAGGCGCUGGCCAAGGCGAAGGGCUACAAGAACUACGGUCUCGAUCUCACACGCGGUCGGGUGCACGACUGUGUCAAGGCCGGUGUGUUGGAGCCGAGCAUGAGCAAGGUGAAGCAGCUCAAGUCGGCAGUUGAGGCUUGUGUAGCGAUCAUGCGAAUUGAUACCCUGAUCAAGCUCGACCCUGAACAGCGUGGUGGAGACGAUGGACAUGGGCACUAG